AUGCCACUAGAUCAAUCGGAAAGCGUCACUCUUAAGCUCAGUGAUUUGACAAGACCAAACGAUAACCCCCAGUGGCCUGGCAAUCCAACCCCUACGGUUCGUUUGGCUGACCUUACAUCAGAACAUGGACGUGGAUUGUUGGACAGCAGCUUUCCUGUCAAUGUCGUAGUUGGAGGUGUGCGUCAGAGAUCAUCGCCGCUGGAUUCGGUAAAAUCAUUUGAAGAACUUGGCCUUAAGAACGAACUCCUCCAAGGUCUUUAUGGCAUGGGCUUUUCCAAACCUUCAAAGAUUCAAGAAACUGCUCUUCCAUUGCUUUUACAAGAGCCCCCAAAAAACAUGAUUGGUCAAUCCCAGAGUGGAACAGGCAAAACGGCUGCUUUUUCUUUAAACAUUCUCAACCGCAUUGAUCCCCAUAUUUUCAAACCACAGGCCAUCAUCCUGUCGCCAUCACGCGAACUCGCUAGUCAGACCGUGAAUGUGAUUCAGGAAAUGGGGAAAUAUACCAACAUCACAACAUGUCUUGUUGUCAAGGGUGGUAGCCACAGGGGAAGAACCAUCAAUGAGCACGUGAUCGUCGGGACUCCAGGAUCGGUGAUGGACUCAAUCCGCAGACGGCAAUUAACCACUAAUGGCAUCAAGGUCUUUGUGCUCGAUGAAGCAGACAAUAUGCUUGAUCAGGAUGGAUUAGGAGACCAAAGCAUUCGGAUCAAAGGAAUGCUUGAGAGCCAGCCCCAAAUUGUCCUAUUUUCUGCUACCUUUCCUGAUAACGUCCGUCGCUUUGCACCGCGUUUCGCUCCUGAUGCCUAUGAGAUUUCUCUUCGCAGGGAGGAGUUGAGCGUCGACUCCAUCAAGCAAUUUUACAUGGAUUGUCGGGAUGAAGAGCACAAAUAUGAAGUGCUUUGUAACUUAUAUGAUCUCUUGACCGUAAGCCAAAGCAUUAUCUUUUGUCGACGUCGUGAUACUGCGGAUGAGAUUGCGAGAAGAAUGUCGGAACAAGGACAUGCUGUGCUUUCAUUACAUGGCAUGAUGUCUCCUGAGGAGCGUGAUCAAGUGAUGGACCAUUUUCGACGUGGCGAAUCCAAGGUCCUCAUUACUACCAAUGUGGUGUCUCGUGGUAUUGAUAUCAUGCAAGUCAGCCUUGUUGUCAAUUAUGAUAUGCCGUUGGAUGUCAACCACAACCCCGAUCCUGAAACAUAUUUGCAUCGUGUGGGAAGAACAGGUCGUUUUGGUCGUACAGGUGUCAGCAUCAACUUUGUCCAUGAUCGUACGAGUUGGCAACACAUGCGGGCUAUCGAGGAACACUUUCAGAAACAAAUCACCAUGGUGCCAACGGAUGAUUGGGAGGAGGUAGAGAAAAUAUUAAAACCAGUGUUGUAA